AUGGGAUGUACGAUCACAGUUUCCUCUCGGAAAAACAAACCUCAAUGGCCGAUACCAAGAAUUACCACAAACAACCGAAAAGAAAAAGAACCAUAUGAAUGUGGUUUAGAAAAACGUGUCACCCCAAGAAAUUGGACAAAUGUAGCGGCCCCUGGCAGUGGAGGGGGUGGAAGGAGAAUACGAAAUGGAAAGAACAAGGGUGACAGCUUCUUCAUCGAUCCAGAUUUUCCAGCUGAAAAUGAAUCCAUUUUUCGACACAAACCGAUCACUAAGACCAUUGUGUGGAAAAGACCGAACGAGAUUUCUUCGAAUGCCGUGUUAGUAUCAGACGGCACCAGUAGACAUGACAUGAAACAAGGAGAACUUAACGACUGCUGGUUCUUGUCUACACUGUCUGCCAUUGCUGAAAAACCGCAGCUCAUGGACAAGAUAAUUCCGAGUGACAAUACGUUCGGAACACCGGAGUAUGACGGUAGAUUCCACUGUCGGUUCUGGCAGUUUGACAAAUGGAUAGAUAUUAACAUUGACGAUAGGUUACCUACUGUCGAUGGAGAAAUAUUGUUUGCUCAUUCAUCAGAUCCCAGCGAGUUCUGGGUAUCCCUGGUGGAGAAAGCCUAUGCAAAGUUAAAUAAAUCCUACGAGGCGCUAGAGUAUGGAUUUGAAGCCGACGCCUUUACCGAUUUGACAGGAGGUCUUGCCGAAUGGUACAACCCUACUGACCUCCGAGAACAAGACUUCUAUCUUAUCCGAGCAGCUUACCAAUGCGGGGCUGUGAUUGGCUGCCUUAGUGUUGACAAGGAAGGGAGGACAGAAAGGGAGAAAAAGGGGAUGGUUUCCAAUCAUUCCUACGUCAUCACAGGUGUGGAGGAAAUCCCAUACCUUGAUUCUACAGCCAAACUUAUCCGUGUUCGGAAUCCCUGGGGGGAUACCGAAUGGAACGGGGCGUGGUCGGACGGGAGUGAUGAAUGGGACAGGGUCAUAGAAGAUAUCAAACAAGAUCUUGAACUGACCACACAAGACGAUGGAGAAUUCUGGAUGAAUUUCAAAGAUUUUCGCCGUGAAUACUGCAAUAUGAUUAUAUGUAACCUCUCCCCUGAUUUUGAUCACGAUGGCAUCAGUGACAAAGCCGAGUACCAGGUGAGCAUCAGAGGAUGUUGGAGAUCAAAUCUCAAUGCUGGAGGCUGGCUGGAGUGUGAAUCCUUCCACUCAAAUCCUCAAUAUAUCAUUAACCUUCAUCCAGAUGUCAGUGUUCAAAGAAGGUUUAAUGGGCGUCUUCCAUUAGUUGUCUCCCUUCUCCAGGUCUAUCGCCGCCAGGAUAAAUUAGAAGGAAUAGGACUCUAUGCAAUAGGAUUUGAAGUUUUUCAGUUGUUCACUCGUCCGACUGGAGUGCUGAACAAGAUGUUCUUUGAUAGAACAGAUCCACUCAUGCCGGAAAAUGAGGAAACUUACGCAGAAUAUCGGGAAACUUCCGGCAGGUUUUUCCUUGAUCCGGGACAGUACCUUCUCGUGCCUACGUCACAGCUUCCCAAUCAGGAUCGAGGCUACCUCCUGCGUCUCUUUACCGUCAGCAAAAUGCAAUGCUCGCCGCUCGGGAACAUCAUUGAAGGUACAGAACAGUGGGAUUUAUAG